AUGGCUGCAACUGAAGGACCUGCGCGGGCGCAUGAUCGCAACGGUCGCCGCCGCCCAUUUUCGAGCUGGAUGAAGCGUCUUGCAAGCCUUAAGAGCUCAUCUGACUCUACUUCAAAUCGCUGGACUCAUAGACGACACUCAGCAACCAAGACGAAGAAGGGGGGUCAAGGCAACAAUAACCCAUAUCCACUAUCUGGAACAAUCAAUCGACAAGCAAACCCAAGCGGUUCUUAUGACGACAGCGAGCGCAAUGGCCGAGAAUCUCGCUCUAGAAGCGACCCAUCACUAGUCUACUCUGCCUACGAUAACCCUGGCCCCGAGACUGGUACAAAGUCAACAGCACCCACGAUAUCCACCAACGGCGAUACUGCUAUCUCCGAUGCAGCAUACUCGAAGGCGGGGACAAUGGCUACAGCCGGCGGGGGUAUAAGCUCUCAUGGAGGAGGGGAAGGAAGCACCUUCUCUUCGCCUGCGCCCUCAGUUCGCUCGUUGGCAACCACCUUAACAACCGUGCAGUCAGCUGCGCCGUCCACACAACUCUACCCUGUACAGAAUGGACAUAACAGCACUGGACAUGGGUUCUCAACACAUAGCUCCAGCCAACAAGUUCAGUUCUCGCAUCAGUUCCCUACCUCUUCAUCCCCCGCCACAGCUGUGCCCCCGCACUUGAUACCCCACAGUCAGUCCAUGACAUACAGUACAGCAACCGCAAAUAACGUUCUGACCGACAACGCAUCGAUCCUCACCCUAGCGAGCUCGUCCAAACGCCGUCGCCGAAACUCCCUUGAUACUAAUGCAUCAGUGCGUGCACUGGCGCCGUCGUCCCUGUUUGGUGGAAGUCGCGAAAGUCUGCCGUUGAGUGUUCUCAGCGGCAAUGUGGUCGAACCAUCAAAUGCAUCUGCCUUUAACGCUCAGGGUGUCUUGAGUCGACCUAGUAUUGUGGGACUUGCUAGCGCUGAGCGCAUCAGCGUCUACUCCGCGUCUGGUGUCACGCCCAUUGCCAAUGGCGCAGGUGAGAGAGGAAGCUUUUAUACAAAGCCAACUCCUACUGCCGGCGAUGGAGCUAGCAUCCGUAGUGGUGCGCCUUCACACAGCCGCAAUGAUAGUACAGCUGCCAGCAUUACUGGUGUGAGUAGUCCGCUUGUCAUAGCCUCUGGUCGUAUCAGUCGCAGAAGCUCCGGAUGGGGAGAAAUCACUGGCGAUGAAGAAGAUGAGGGGAAGACAGGCGAUCGAACUGACGAGAAGCCAACCAUCAAACCCGAGUUCAGUUUCCCAGAAGAACCCAAGGAUCAGUCUUAA